AAUCGAAAACAUAAUUGAUUAUUUAUAUUUCAAUAAAAGAUUUUUAAUUUUUAUAUUAACAUUUCCUUACAUCACUUCUAAUUAAGUUAUUAUUAUUUAUUUCCGUGCACAAUAAUUAGUUAAGAUCUCAACUAAUUGCUCCCGACUGAAAUCCUACACCGUAAGAAAAUGAAGAUUCCAUCUUCUUCCCCAAAACGUUAUAAAUCAGGUAAAUUCCAUUUUCUCUCUCAUAAAAUUUUCUCCGCCAUUCGUUGUUUGCGUACAGAAUCCGCUGCAAAUUGCAAUUCUGGCGGCAAAAUUGAAAUUCAUCUGCGAAAUAUCAAUGGAUUGAGCGAUGCUCUGUUUCUGUACGAGAAUAUGUCGAAAACGAAGCCCUUUCCCAAUGUGAAGCAGUUCAAUAAACUGCUUUCGUCUGUAGUCAAUCUGAAAGAGUAUUCAACGGCCAUAUCCAUUUUCAAACACAUGUGCAAUGUGGGGAUUCCGACGAAUGAAUAUACUCUGGGUAUUGCUAUCAACAGUUGUUGUCUCUCCGAUCGGGUUAAUUUAGGGUUUGCAGUUCUGUCGACGUUCUUCAAGCGCGGUUCGGCACCCAAUGCGAUCACAUUUGGCACCUUGUUGAAGGGUUUGUUUCGAGAAAAUAGGAUUGGCGAGGCGCAGGAAUUGUUUAGGAAGAUUGUAAGAGAAGAGCUGUGUGAGCUGAAUGUAGUUAUGUAUGGCACUGUGAUCGACGGGCUCUGCAAAUCUGGUAAUACCGCGGUGGCUAUUGAACUCCUCAGAGUAAUGGAAACGGGAAGUUGUAAGCCAAACACGCACGUAUAUACAAUGGUUAUCGAUUGCUUGUGCAAGGACCGAAUGGUGGAUUCCGCCUUGAAGCUAUUCGAUGAAAUGUCUGAAAGAGGCAUCGCGCCUAAUAUCGUCACUUACAAUGCUUUGGUUUGUGGCUUGUGUAGUUUGAAUCGGUGGGAACGGGUUAAGAUGUUAUAUAAGGAGAUGUUGGUUUGCAAAGUAUAUCCAAAUGUGAUUACAUUCAGUGCGAUUAUCGAUGCUUUAAGCAAGCAAGGAUUGGUGGAUGAAGCGGAAAACGUGUUCGACAUCAUGGUGCGAAAGAAUGUGGCUCCUAAUGUAAUAUGUCACAAUGCAUUGAUGGAUGGAUUUUUUCUGCAGGGGCGUGUCGAUGAAGCUAGGAAGCUUUUAGAAUCCAUGGUUAGCAAGAAAAUCUCUCCUAAUCUUCACAGCUUCAACAUCUUAAUCAAUGGAUAUUGUAAGAAAAUGAUGAUAGAUGAUGCAGUGGACGUCUUUCGUGAGAUGCCGCGUAAAGGGUUCGUUCCUAAUUUGAUUUCUUAUAGUACUCUGUUGCAUGGGCUUUUUCGUGGUGACAGAUGUUCUUCUGCACUGAAGCUUUUUGAUGAAUUGCGAGCUGUUGGGCUAAAACCGGACUCCCAUACUUACUGUAUAUUGUUGGAUGGACUGUGUAAGAACAAGCUAGUCGAACAAGCGUUUUUGGUGUUGGACGAAUUGGAGCACAAAGGAGAAGAUCUUCAUACGGCUUACUACAGUAUCGUCAUCGAUGGAUUAUGCAAAGCUAAAGAUCUCGAUAAAGCUCGAGCUGUUUUUAACGAUCUCCCGUCUAAAGGAUUGGAACCAGAUGUGGUGACGUACAAUAUCUUGAUUAAAGGAUGCUGUCUAAACGGGCUACUUGAGGAAGCUAAAGAACUUUUUUCGAUGAUGGAACAAGAUAGUGUGUUGCCCAAUGCGGUCACCUACAAUUUUAUUGUUCAUGGAAAUCUAAAGAGGGGCAAAUACGAUGAUGCUGCGAGGUUUUUCGAGGAAAUGGACGCGAAAGGAUUCUCUCCAGACACAUGUGUGUUUUCUUCGUUGCUUCAUUUAGUCGGGACAAAGGAACAAAAUCCUGCUGUUCUAAAAAUGAUUCAUAUAUUGGCUCCAAAGAAUUCUUUAGUCAAUCAUGCGAAAACUGUUGACGGUAUAUUCGAGAAACAGUUUGCGGUAUCUGGAAGGAUACUCCGUGUUAAAUUAAAAGCACGUCACAAGGAUGGAGAAUGCACUACGGAUGUCUUGCAAAAGCUUGAUUAUUCGCUAAGCUAUCGAGAAACUCGUACAUGUACUGUGAGGAAAUCCGUGACAAAGGCAUAUAAUAAUUUCGGUAAGAGUGACCCUCCAAUCCUUUUCUUGAUCAUGUACAGUUUUUGCAUAUCAAGAAACCACAUAAAGAAGAAGGGGCUUUUGAUUGUAACAAUUUCCCGCUCCAACUCCCAACUUCGUUUUCUCUCAAUUCAGUCCCACCAUUGUUUUUUCGUUCUGCAACUUCUGUUCGGUGUACUGCGUGAGAUGAAAACAAGGGUUCUGAUUUCUUCUCCCAUUUUCCACCAAUCAGGUAAUUUCAAUUUAUUCAGGCGAAGCAGCCCACUUCAUUUUCUCUCCGUCUUCCGUUACUUGGUUACGAAAUCUACUGCAAAUUGCAAUUCCCGUGAGAAAACGAAGCUCGACCUGGGAAAUAUCAAUGGGUUGGACGAUGCUCUUCGUUUGUUUGAAAAAAUGACAAAAGCAAGGCCUUUUCCUUCAUUCAAGCAAUUUACUCAGCUGCUUUCGCGUUUGGUGAAUCUGAAAGAGUAUUCAGCAUCCAUUUUACUGUUCAAGGAUAUCUGCAAUUUGGGGGUUUCAGUCGAUGAGUACACUAUGAACGUUGCUAUCAACAGUUAUUGCCUUUCUAACCGGGCCGAUUGCGGGUUUUCGAUUCUGGCUUUGUUCUUCAAGCGCGGCUCUGUUCCGACUGUUGUCACCUUCAAUACUUUACUGAAGGGUUUGUUUCGAGAGAAGAAGGUUGCCGAGGCGCAGGAAUUGUUUACGAAGAUUGUGAGAGAAGAACUGUGUGAUCUAGAUGUGAUUAUUUACGGGACCGUGAUCGAUGGACUUUGCAAGUCCGGUAAUACUAAAUUGGCCGUUGAACUGCUCGGAGUGAUGGAAGAAGGGAGCUGUAAGCCCAACAUCAAUGCUUACACGAUGGUGAUCGAUGCCUUGUGUAAGGACAGAAUGAUGGAUUCCGCCUUGAACGUGUUCGAUCGAAUGUCCGAGAGAGGCAUCGCACCGGAUGUUGUCACUUGCAGUGCUUUGAUUUGUGGCUACUGUAAAACAUACCCAGAUGUGAUGAUAGAUAAUGCAGUGCAUCUCUUUCGCGCGAUGCCCGUUAAAGGGUUGAACCCUAAUUUGGUUACGUAUAGCAGUCUGUUGCAGGGGCUGUUUCUUAGCGGCAGGUUUUCUUCAGCGCUGGAGCUUUUUGACGAGUUACGAGGUGUUGGGCUUAAACCUAACUUCCAUACUUACUGUGUUUUAUUGGAUGGAUUGUGUAAGAACGACCGUGUUGAAGAAGCAUUGUCGUUGUUUGAUGAACUGAAGCGGAAAGGAGAAAAUCGGCAUAUUUCUUACUACAGUAUUAUAAUGGACGGACUGUGCAAAGCUAAUAGACUCGAUCAAGCUCGAGCUACUUUUAGUGAGCUCCCUUGUAUAGGAUUGGAGCCUAAUGUGGUGACCUACAAUAUCUUGAUAAAUGGAUGUUGUCAAAACGGGCUACUCGAUGAAGCUAAAGAUCUUUUCUUGAAGAUGGAACGAGCGGGUUUGUUGCCGGAUUGUGUUACGUACAAUAUUAUUGUGCAGGGAUAUCUAAAGAGCGGCGAAUUUGAUGGUGCAGUUACAUUUCUUGAGCAAAUGAGUGCUAAAGGAUUCUCGCAAGAUUCGUCUACGUUUACAAUGAUGCUCCAAAGUACUUCACCGAAACUUGUUAGCUAAAUAAAUCGCGACGACGAAUAACAUUUUUGGACAACCAAUUUUGUGAGAAUGAUUGCUCAAAGGGUAUUUCUAUGUUUGGUUAUUGCAACAUUAAUGUUCUGUGUUGAUUAUUGCAGCAGAGGUUUGCAGUUUAUGUUGGUUAUAAAACGUGAGUUAAAAGGUUA